ACGCGCGAAAUCCAUAGCACGAAGAGAGGAACUCAAGGCGAACGGAGAGUUUGGUUUUGAAUCAAUCAAACUAAAUUCCGUAAUCUACAAACAUCUACAUUAACAUGGCAGAUCCGAAGGAAACACCAGAAGAGCAGGAGACUUCAACAGACAAUGCAGAAGAAUCAAACCACGAUCCCCAUUAUGAGCCCAUCGUGUCUCUUCCAGAGCAGGAUGUGAAGACGCUAGAGGAGGACGAGGAGGAACUGUUCAAAAUGCGUGCGAAGCUCUACCGUUUUGCGUCUGAGAACGACCCACCAGAGUGGAAGGAGCGCGGCACAGGCGACGUCAAGCUCCUGAAACACAAAGAGAAGGGCACCAUCCGCCUAUUGAUGAGGAGAGACCGGACCUUGAAGAUCUGCGCCAAUCACAACAUUUUUCCUGUGAUGGAGCUGAAGCCCAACGCUGGCAGCGACAGGGCCUGGGUAUGGAACACACUCGCCGACUUCGCUGAUGAGCAUCCCAAACCUGAACUCCUGGCAAUACGUUUCCUCAAUGCAGAAAACGCUCAGAAAUUUAAGGUGAAGUUCGAUGAAUGCAAGGAGGAAGUCAGAAAAUCUCAAGAUGGAUCAGGAGGAAACGUUGACCGUGCAAACAAAGUGGCAGAGAAACUGGAGGCACUAUCUGUAAAGGACGACAAGCCCAAGACACCUGAGGAAAAGAAAGAGGAAAAGGCAGAAGAGGAGAAAUGAAUCCAAGAACUUGCUUUACUGAUCUUCAACUUGUCAUUUCCCUCUUUUUCUACAAUAGACUCUAAAGAAACUGAAUUUGGACUCUUGCAUAUUGAUUUAGUUUUUUUAAAAUGAUUUGUUUGCCUCGAGAGAUCGCAAGACCUUGGUGCCACACAAAAAGUAUCCAUUCAUUCAAUUGUGCCCCACCCCACCCGCCCUCUGGUUUCCAUCAUGGAAAACAAGCUGUCUGUACUACUCAUCUGUGUCAACUUGACAUACUGUGAAAUGAGGGUUGUGAUAUGAUAUUGGUAAUUCCCACAUUGGGUAAGUCCUUUUUUUUUUUUUUUUUUUUUUUUUUUUUUUUUUUUUUUUUUUUUUUUUUUUUGAAUGAAUGAAUGAAGCAAAGAUAGUUUUAUAGGGAAUAGGACUGCUUGUAAGUGCCACACCUAAAAUGGAAAUGGGCAGAGAUGAGCUGUAAUGUCUUGGUAUGCAUCUCAAUAUGGAGUCUUCCUCUCCUUUGUCUAUACUGAUCUGAAUAGAGAAGAGGUGAAACCCCUAAUAUUUGUCACAUUUAAUACAACAGGUGUACACUUUCCAGUGGAAUGCUUACUGCCCUUUGCAACGAUGCAGAGAGAAAAAUGGCAACCUGAGAGGAAUAAAAUACACAAGAAUGAAGCUCUAUACAGGGAGUCCCAGAUCAAUGUGCAAGGGCAUGAUAUAUUUGAGGUAGUUAUGUACAUAAAGACAGGGAAAUGUGGUGGAUGCUUACCAGGCAGGAGUUUGCUUUCACCUAUCUGCUGUGGUUCAGAUGAAGGAGAGGAAAUUAAUGGAGAAAGACACUUUGGACCAUUGAGACGUAGCCAUAAAGUGUUUAACAUUGGGUGCAUUUUGGGUACUGUAGUCCUUGGACCAGUUAUCGGUGACUCGUAUCUAAGAUGUCCUGCUGCAGAUGAUUUGAUGCACAUAAUUCAUCAAAUCACAAAGGUGUUUUUUGUUUCAUUUUUUUUUGUUGAAGACCGAUCACACCAAAUCAAAAUGUAAGAUGAUGGUUCAUCAGACUUUGGUAUAGGCUACAGUACUUCCUGGCUUGGGUACUCUUCCCGGUGGCUCAAGUCUGUUUUAGGGCAUAAUACAUUCCUUCAAACUGAAACUAAAGCAUGUAGAAAAUGUAUAGUGCAAGAGUGUAAUGAUGCGGUAUCAGGUGUGCUCACCAUCCUAACCUGUACCCACUGAGUUGACCCUGCCCCUUAGGUGCAUCGACGCGCCAGUGCAUCUGUAAAUACAUGUACAGGAUGGAAUGUUGCUUUUCAUUUGCACUCAAAUGGUUUGAGAUGUUUCCUCCACCUUCCAAUAAAAGCUCUCAACGAC